AUGAAAAACAGUAUAGAAAGAUGCUUCCUAGAAAAGAGAGAGAAGAGAGCUGACAUGAAAGAAGAGCAGACACAUUAUCAGUGUACCUCCGCCUGUUCCAGGGGAGCUUCCACUCUCCCCCAUCCUGAGGGUGUCCCGGUUCAGCUCUUCAUGAGCCAGCAGAAUGCAGUUUCCUCUGUGCAAUCUAAGGAGGAAUUCAAAAGAACUCUGAUUUACACGGUGGAUUUACACCAGAAGUGCCCGUCCAUUUCUGUAGGCACAGCAGUUUCUAUUUGUAAGAUUGUGGAGACGGCCUUGCUGCUGGGCUGUGGGUCUGAUCUGUCUCUCAAUAACAACCGAGUCUUAGUAAAAAGCAAAGCUGUACAAGCUGAGAUAGUGGCAGAAAAAGUAGAACUGAAGACUGUGUUUGCUUUAGUACAUGGUGAACGGGGAGAGCAAAAUCUAAAGAUUCUGAUUGCCAGUAUCAUGUGCAGCUAUAACAGGGAGGACUGGACUGAACUUUCAAAAAUGGCUGAGGUUGCUGGUGCAGAUGCGCUGGAGUUAAAUUUAUCAUGUCCUCAUGGUAUGGGGGAGAGGGGCAUGGGCCUGGCCUGUGGGCAGGAUCCAGAGCUGGUACGGAACAUCUGUCGCUGGGUUAGACAAGCUGUUCAGAUUCCUUUCUUUGCCAAGCUGACCCCAAAUGUCACUGAUAUUGUGAAUAUUGCGAUGGCUGCGCAGGAAGGUGGUGCAGAUGGUGUUACAGCCACCAACACUGUGUCAGGAGUGAUGGGACUGAAAGCAGACAGCACACCUUGGCCAGCGGUUGGUGGAGGACUGAGGACCACAUAUGGUGGCAUGUCAGGAAAUGCUAUUAGGCCCAUCGCCCUCCGUGCAGUGUCUGCCAUAGCCCGUGCUCUCCCAGGAUUUCCCAUCUUAGCAACUGGAGGCAUCGAUUCUGCUGAAAGUGGGCUCCAGUUUCUGCAUAGUGGGGCUUCUGUUUUACAGGUAUGCAGUGCAAUCCAGAAUCAAGAUUUCACUGUUAUUGAUGACUACUGCAGUGGACUGCGAGCUCUUCUUUACCUGAAAAGCAUUGAGGAACUCAAAGACUGGAAUGGACAGAGUCCUGCAACCAUGCGCCAUCAGAAAGGAAAACCAGUACCUAGAAUUGCUGAUCUGAUGGGAAAGAAACUACCCAGUUUUGGGCCUUACCUGGAACAACGCAAAAAGAUAAUAGCUGAGAACAAGAUUAGACUAAAGGAACAGAGCAUGGCUGCUGUGCUUCCCGAGAAAAAGCAUUUCAUUCCGAAGAAGUCCAUUCCAGCAAUCAAG